GGGAACCAUGACGGUCAGCCCCGCUGGUUUUGCGUAUUUCUAGCUGUGCACUUUAGCAUACUGAGCCGCAUAUCGCUUUGCAGUAGAAGCAAAAAAGUGUCCCGGGCUAGCGGGCCAGUUUAAUCAUAAACAGAAAGGGCGGAGACAUCUGCUUUUGAAUUAUUAUUUUCUUUAAACCGGCGACUACUGCAAUCGUUUUCUUUUUAACAACAAACAUUUUUGUUUUUGAGCUGUCAUACGCGUUUUGGCUCCACCAUGGCUAUCAGUGCUCCAACUUCAUGAUGACCUCAAAUGCAGGAACAUUGAGGUUGUCCACAAUGAGCGAACAUCUGCAACAGAUUUGAGGAUUCCCUGGUAUUCCAAGAUUAUGUACUCCGUCUUCCCUCCAUGGAUGUCGACGAUAAAAGCAACACAAAUGUAGCGACCAUCCCACCGACUCAACAUUAUCGACCCCAUUAACAUCCAGUACCAACGAUUUCCCACCAUUUCUUCUGAGUUUCUCGCUUCCUGACCAUCCCCAAUACCAUGCUGCGCUCUCUCAUGAAACGCAACAUGUCCCAGAAGCUGAGUGUGCUUCUGUUAGUCUUCGGCUUGGUGUGGGGACUCAUGCUGCUCCGCUAUACCGUGCAGCAACCUCGCCACCAGAGCAGUGCAGAGCUACGAGAGCAAAUCUUGGAGCUCAGUCGGCGAUACGUCAAAGUCCUGACCGAGGAGAGUCAGAAUUCAGCGGGUGGGCCGCAGGGGGCUACCAUGGCGGGUUACGCUGACCUAAAGAGGACAAUCGCGGUGCUGCUGGAUGACAUCCUGGAACGGCUAGUCAAACUCGAGGGCAAAUUUGAGUUGGCCGCCAAUGCAUCCAUCACCAACACAUCCCACGGGGGUAUCCUGGCUUCCACGCCCCCUGCCCUGCAAAGAACCCCCAAACAAGAGAAAGUCGGCGGCGUGAGGUCACGCUUCAUCCAACGAUCCCGCCUCAUGCCUCAGCCGCAUCUAUGAGCGUUGCUUCGGUAGAUGUGUUGACUGUUCUCUUAGCACAUCCCACUUUUCCUGAAUUUAUCCCAGGACAUACCUAGACUUGAAGUGAUGCCAGCUCAGAGGGAGGAGAUCCUUUUGCCUUUUCCACUUUCUUUGCCAUUGUAUUUAUUUUUCUUUAACGAGGAUAGCAAAGUGCAUUUUUGUAUUUCAAUUUUGCAUUUUUAUAUAACGCCAUAUUUGAAUCAUAAGAAUCGGAAUAUUAGUGGCUACCAACAAUGUUGUGGAACAAUGCUUGAGCACAUUUAUUAAUAUACAAUUUAACAAUAUGACGACAACCUACUGAAUUCAAAAGAUUACUUAUAAUCUGAAUCGCUGUAUUUCCGAUAACUGUUGCUACUUACAAUUAGCGUUGCACCGAUACUAGUAUCCGUAUCAAUAUUACCGUAUUGGCCCGAAUAUAAGACGGCGCUGAUUAUAAGACGACCCCCUCUUUUUCAAGACUCAAGUUUGAAAAAAGACUUUUUGAACACCAAAUUAAUUUUUACAGUACAUCCGAAACAAAUGAUUAUAACAAUAUGUUUGAGAGAAAAAGCAUGUUAUUUUGCCUCAUUUAAAUCUUAAUAUCUGAACAUAUAAAUAUGUAAACUAAAGUGCUAUCACAUUCGUAAAUGAAUGGCUUCUGGUUUUUGAAAAGUAAAUAAACCAAUCUAUUGUGAUAAAACAACAAAACUGUAAUAACUGCAUUAACCAUCGAAGUGAAGUCUAACUGUAACUGGAGUCUUGAAACAGAUCUGAGUAAGGAAAAACAUUGCAAUAAAAUAAUGACAGUAGCUGAGAUCUAUCGUGACAGAAUGUCGCUUCAAUGAUAUCUGGCGCCAUCUAGCGUCCUGAGUGGGGAGAGUAGCUGAGAUUUGUCAUGACAGAACAUCGCUUCAAUGAUAUCUGGCGCCAUCUAGCGUUGUGGAUGUGUGUACUGUCGAGACCACGGAUAUAAGACGACUCCCUCUUUUUCAGGCUUAUUUCAAUGCAAAAAACCCCGUCUUAUAUUCGGGCCAAUGCGGUAAUUCGGCACCGAAAUGAUGUCAAUAUGUACUUUUUUAAUCUUUUCCAACCGCUGGUCGCCCUACACAAGAUGAUGAUAGAUGUCCAAUCAUCCGUCUGCUGUGAAUUUAAAUGGGGUUAUCACUAGUAGAAAUAGAUGUUGGACGCCUAGCGCUGUCAAUGGCAGCCACAGAGUUGAGCAGUGUUUGACGAAGCCAUGAUAGCAAUUACGUUACAUUUGAGUGAUUAUGCGGUAAUUUAGGAUUUAAAAAAAGGGGGGGGGGGGGAUUACACUUUAUCUGAACUCUGUCUCAUAAAACUGUCACAAUGAUAACAUGAUAGCUGUCAUGAAUAUUAAUGAGGGCUGAUGACGUCAUUUAGUCAGGGCAUAGGUUUGCGUAGGGACGAUAGGGACAUAACACUACCAACUUUUCAGGAUGCUCAAGUUGUCCCCGCCAACUUUUAAGCAACCUGAUUUGCAUUAUAUAACAACUCCAGUUUUAUAGAUAAUUUUGAUAGUCGUCCCAUAUAUUGUAGGGAUAGAAUUGGCCCUACCGUUACUAAGUGAAUUAUGUUCAUUAUGUUUCGACUUACAUUAACCCCUUUUCACUUGCUGAAUGUGCAAGUCAAAUUUUUCCCCUGAAACACGUUUGAUUGGCUGAUGACAUGACCCUUCACACGCACUCACAGCCCCGAUAGAAAUGCAACAUGUCAAAAACACGCCACCUCCUCCGCCCCCUUCAGGGAAGAGGGAUAUUAGAAGUUCUUUUUGGCCAGCAGCAGCCACUUCAAUGUAGAAUUGGUGAACACGCUACAUUUCCUACUGAAAGUCCGACCUGCAUCAGUCAUAACAUGUAACAGAGUCAUGGCAUAACAUUAAAGUGUGUGAAUUUGCCAACCUGCAAAACUUGAGUAGGAAACUGCUUAGAGGGAAGUGUGUGUUUUCUACUGAUAAGUUACUUAAACUGAGAAAUGUAGUAAACCGAGGUUUACCCUCUUCUGCCCAAUUUUCAUUUUUACUUAAUUUUUCUGGUCAUUACCCUAUAAGUUAUUAGGUUCAUAUUUGUGAGAAAUGUAGCCCUGACCCCCGUUUACCCAAUCUGUUUGCUCUUAUUAAUGUCCCGUCCCCAGCAAAAAGUGUACAUGCAGGUCAUGCUGUUAUAUCGUCACUACCACUGUUGAGACCAAACCUACGCCCUUGCAUUUAGUAAAUUAUGUCACUUUAGAUGCAAUAUUUAGAUUUUCUUCCAAUGUCUUUAGAUUAAAAUAUAGGAACUGAUAGGGUUCAGGUGUUAAGGGACAAUUAAAGACAUCUGUCAUAAGUAUUCGUAAAUGUUAAUGACAGUGUCAUGUCAUUUUUAUGACACAGAGUUCAAAUAAAGUUACCAUUUUUCUCAUCAAAAACCACUGGUAGACUACAUUAUCAGCAUCGGCUAAUACUAAACAGCUACCUGGCUGGGAACCAAAAUAUGGCAUCGGUGCAACACUUCUUACUAUAUGAAAAUUUGUCUUCGCUAACAUUUACUGUUCUGUAUAAACACUCCAAAGAAUAUCAGCCUCAGUGUUAGGCUAGUGACACGUCUGAUGAACCUUAUUUGCCACUGAACUUGCAUUGUCUCAGCUGAAAACCAAUGUUUUCCGCCUCCCUUCACUUGCCUUGGGUGUUUUUUCACUCUCAAUGUAGAAUGGAAUGAAUGUACCGCAAGGUCAGUAUUUUCAGUGCUGUGAAGAUGACUGACCAUCUGCUACUACACGUUCAGGGUUGAUGUUGCACUGUGACUGUAAACAUUUUCUAAAAAUAAUGGCCGAGUCCACUUUUGCUAGUGCAGUUUGAUUGUGUGGGAGGUGAUUAUUUCAUGCUGGAAAAGUCCUCUGCUUGAUAAAGUAGCUCUGCUGAAAACAAACCAUUUGAAUGCUCAUAAUGAUGCCAGUUGACCAUAUCAAACUAACCAACAAAUAUGUAUAUGUAUUCUGCGUGUCAGUUUUAGACUGUAUCUUGAGACCGCCAGACUCAAUAAA